UGCGUGAUCAGUUUAUUACAACGAGGAAAGAGAGGACAGUUCCCAAGUCAUUCUCUCAUAAACCCAUCGUGGCUGCUACACCAACUAAAGGUCUUGCGGCUGAGCCUUCCCCUGCGCCCAUCAGACGACAUAGCACAGAAAAGAGAUCUACCCUGCCUGGAUCUACAGCACCAGGUGUCACGACACCAGGGUCAUUAACACCGGGUGCAUUUACACCUGAUGGAGUAGUAUCAGGGUUCAAUACACCGGGUGCUAUAACACCUGGUGCUGAGAGUGACACCAGUGUGGAGAGUGGAGCAAGAAGGGAUUUUGCAUCAGCGUUUCUUUUACCAAGCCCAGGAACUCCAACAGCUUCUUUCAAUGGUUCUGUACCAGCUGACUCCCCUGACCUAUCACCAACGUCUAUCAGGAGUUCAAUCAGUAUAGCAUCUACAGACGACAUAGGAUCAGUAAGUGAUCUCAAAGAACCAUCAUUAUCACUCGUCAGAGAAAACAGUGAACAUAGCAUCAGUGAUAAAGAUAGUAUGGUGUUCGAAGAAUCUAAGACUGAAGAGGAUGGAGACGUUGAGAGUACUAGUGAUGCAGGAACAGAAGAUGACCUGGAAGAAUUGGACAAAGAGACACUUAUACUUAGAUUACAGGCUGCCAGGGAAGAGAAGAUAGAAAAUCAGAGGAAGUUAAAAAGUGCAAUGAACCGAGAGACAACAUACCAGCAGAUGUUAAAGAAGAGAGAGCAGGACAUCAUGAGAUUGGAUGAUAAACUAGGACAAUUGGAACAGGUACAGCAUCUUAGCAGGGACCUGUUGAACGAGGAGGAUUUGAAGACGGCUAGAAGGAACGUCCUUGAUCUUCAAGAUACUCUCAAGAUGUACCAAGAACAGAAUGUCUUUCUCAACUCGGAGGUCAGGAAACAAGCUGGACUUAAAUGCAGAGCUAGGGCCAAGAUGGAAGGCAUGCAAAGGAGAAUAGCCCACAUGGAUGCUGAGCUGUCUAAAUGUAAACGAGAGUUCAUUCACCUUAUGACCUGUCAUGUAGAGGUCACAUCACUGGACCAUAAGGAUAACAUUCCAAUGAGGCUAGACUGGUCGGAUCCAAAAUACAAGAGAUUCCUAGAGAUGUAUGAUAGUGCAAGACAGAAAGAUGUCACUCUCCCAGAUCCAAGGGUAGCGAUGUCAGAAGGGAUCGCUGAUCAGUAUGGAUUUCAACAGUAUCAUAACAAUCAACCUCUCCUAUUCCAUCAAGUCUGUCAUCUACUUGAUAGACAUAUCCAAGGAUACUCAAGGAAAGAAUCUGAACAUCGGAAAGCAUGGGAGGCAUACAUACAGAAACAUGAUCACAACUUUGUUGAUCAUCAGAGUGAGAUGCAUAAUUUGGUAUAUGGAGGGGUACCCCCUGAGUAUCGGAGUGAAGUUUGGACACAGCUUAUCAUGGAUAGAGUCAAAACAAUCAAAGAAGGAAAGGGAGAGAACUAUUUCCAAUCUCUGUGUGAUCAAUGUGAUACAUCGCCAGCUGUAGAAACAUACCGUCGUCAAAUCAACUUAGAUCUACUCAGAACUAUCCCUCAUAAUACACACUUCAACAAUGAACAUUCUAAGGGGAUAUCCCAGUUGAGGCAGCUCCUUGAAGCAUUCUGUGUUCACAAUCCUGAGAUUGGUUAUUGUCAAGGAAUGAAUUUCAUUGCUGGAAUGAGUCUUCUAUUUAUGGAUAUAGAAACAGCUUUCUGGUGUCUGGUUGCAGUUGUAGAGUACUACUUCCCCCACAACUACUUUGAUGCUAGUUUGAUAGGAGCUCAAGCCGAUCAGUACGUCUUGAAAGAGAUCCUUCAAUGUCGGUUACCACGAUUACAUGCCCAUCUUGAUGAUGUGGGGGUUGAGAUGUGUUCGUUCACUCUCAAUUGGUUCCUUGCUAUCUACUUUGAGGUGGUCCCAUUCAAUACCUUACUGAGGAUCUGGGAUUGUUUUCUUCUGGACGGUCUCUAUGUUCUCUUCCAAUUCUCAAUGGCAUUACUACAGUAUCAUGAAGAAGCUUUGUUGAGCAGGAAAGACAUUCUAGCUCUACUCAAAGAUACUAAACAACUCUGUAAACUCAGCUACAACAUAGAGAACUUAGUUCAGAUGGUGAAGGACAACAUGAAAGAGUUUCAAUCCUGGAGUUGGAUUGAGGAAAGACAGGCUCACUACAUGGGCAACCUGCAGAAGGUAUAUGAGGAACAGGAGAGAGCGAGGCAGGAGUUUGAAAAGCAAGAAGGUCUAACAAGCAGCGUACAAACCAUUACACAAGGACCUACAUCUGGGACUGAGGAAUGUUCCUAUGGAGAAGUUUCUGAUCAUGAUCUGAAGAUGGACUGUGCUGUUGAGUACUCACAAGGAGGUUUGUUGGUAUGUCGGGGUGAUAUCAGGCAAGGUUGGAUCAGUCGGGUUGAUGUACAACAAUGCUCCAAACAGAACAUUGGUGUUAGGCUUGACAGCAGGGUAAUCUGUAUGUCAAUGGCUGGUCCAGACUGUGUGCUUCUUGGUACCCUAUCAUGGUUUCUAUAUCUCUUCAAUGUACAAACUCAGCAAGAGCUAUGGUGUGAGAGAUUACGAGACACACCUCUUUGUGUCAUCCAUGAAGACAACACAAGGAAUGUAUAUGUGGGACUGGCUGAUGGUACAUUGGCUGUUAUGGAGGGCAUCAUCAACUCUCGUCCAUCUGAAGUGUUCUACCAUGCUAUAGGAGCAUCUCCUGUACGAUGUAUUCAACUCAUACCAGAUCUCAAUCAAAUCUGGUGUGCUUCAGGAAACUCUGUCAAUAUCCUCAACAGUUCCCUGAACGUCCUGGAUGGCUUUGAGAUGUCUAAGAACCCUAAUAAUCACAUUCAGAACAUGGCAUUGAGCGAUAGAGGUGUAUGGAUUAGUAUGCGUGGUUCAUCAUUCAUCACUCUCUGGGAUAUACAUUCACUAUCAUGUCUGCUUAUAUAUGAUACAUCUUCUGAUCAACUUCCAAUCUUUAAGGUUCCCAGUGAUCAGGCAUCAAUGUCUCGUAUAUCCGCUGUCAUGCCAUAUAACAACACACUAUGGAUUGGUACAGCUGAUGGUCACCUGACUAUCUAUGAUGUCAUUGAUGUAGAAGGUCAAAACUUACAUUCUCUUACAAGAUCUGAAGAUGAACUUGAUGUCAAAUCUAAUGGUGAUGAUGAGGGCGUGGCCUAUCAAAGUGAUGAUGCCAUAGCAACAGGCUCUGACGAUGAAAAGACUUCAGAAGCAGAGAGAAGCUCUCAGGAGAACAUCGUCGAUAGCGGGAUGGGUGGAAGCAAAGAGGGGCUAAAGACUGGUGAUGAAGAUGAGGAGGAUGACUUUGAGAAGAAAGAUGACGAGAUCAAGAAAGAAGGAAGUCAGAAUAACAGAAGAGCUGAGUUGAUGUUGCCUGAGAUUGAGACGGCUGAAUCUAAGAUGAGGAAGUCAAAGACACUGGAGGAGUUUGUUGUGGUUGGAAGAGAUGAGGAUGGCGCAGAGUAUGAGACGUCAGUCUUCGAGAACAGUCUAAAGAAUGGUACAAUGAACAGUGAUAAACAUAGCAUAAGGGAAUAUGCCAUCAAGAAUAGAAGACCAAAGAACUCUAGGAAGAGGCUGGAUAGUCCUCGGAAUCUGAAGAAGCUCCUUCAUCCUAGACAUAAAUCAACAUCAAGCGAGAAAUCAGGAGAAGAGCAAACAUCACCAACCAAUCGCACCAGUUUACAUCAUAAAUCUAAAGACAGAGUUCAGUCAGUGCUCGGUAAACUCACUCAUCGCUCGUCAACAAAGAAACAAAAGAAAUACCGCUACAGCCGAGAGCUACGAGAAGAAACAAGACGUGGCUCUCGUAUUGGCUGUGACGACGCAACGUUGGAUGCUCUACUGGAGGUAGCCAAUGGAUCAGUACCGACUGGUGAACCUUUGAUGGAGAAGGAAGAGGAUAAAUCUCGGUACUCGACACUGACCCCUAAGGGAACGACCUUUGACCCCUCAGAGAUUGAAGUCUAUCAGCAAUGUGAACUGAGGUGUGAAGCAAAGAGGAAAAUAUCUGAACAACAAGUUAGGAUCCUUGUCCUUACCAGCUUGGAAGAUGAACAGCCAUGCGUUGUAAGCUGUGCAGGUUACUAUGGCGAUGAUGAAUCAAUUCUCAGAUGGACGUGCCAUACAAGAGAGAAUGUCUGGAUGCAGGUACCAAUAGAAGACAUUACUUAGAAAGAUGGACAUCAUUGUGAGGUUUAAAGGAGAGCAACUAUUGUACUACAUCAGCUCAGGUUGGAAAUGGUCGUCGCUUGACCGCUAUAUACCAAAUCAGUUAUAUAUCAAAUGUUAUAUUACCAUGGCAACCGAUCCAUGGUAUGCAUGCUUCAUAUUGAAUGCAAGAUACUUUCUUUUUCUUCUUACUUCCUCUCUAUUUCAUUUCUUCCUUUUGCAGUAUAAUGGAUUUUCCAAAGACAUUUAUGAAAUGUCAAAAAUUAUGUCUUUAACACAAAUCUGUAGAUGUGAAUAAAUGAUAUUGAGAAAAAGUUGUUUAUUUCACCAGUGUUUUUCUCCAAAAUUGGACAAGAUCUAGUGAAAACAAGGCAUUUGUUGGCAAAAAAUAAUUUUUACAACGUGAAAAGAACAUGUCAUUUUUCAAAUAAAUAUUUGAAAUUGAAAUAUUUGUUGUGUUUCAUUCAAAGAACACAUCAAAAUGCCGAUUGGCAGGUUUCAAUUAUUUUGGGUGAAUUUACUGUAGGAAGUACUUGAACCCUUCAUCAUCUUUUUAAAAUCGAUUUAAAUGGGUUUAUUGCUUGACUAUUUUUCUUCUUCCUGUUUUAUGCCAAGAUAAAUCUUUGGAUGUGAUUCAUAUGUGAAAAAAAUGUAUAUAAUGCAAUCGAAGAGCGAUUUGAAUUUCAACAAAAACUGAAUAAAACAAAGAUUGACUAUCGUUAUCGCAGCAUACAGUGUUUCUCUUUAUUCAUAUGAAGUAGAUUUUGUCAGUACUUAGUAAAGUGAAUAGAUUUCAAAGAUUAAAAUAUUAUCAUAUUGAUCAUGUUGAUUUAAAAGCAAAAAUGAAUGCUUUUGAAUGUGUAUCAUUGAUAAAAAGUCUAAACUUUCAAACAGAAACUUUAAAAGGUGAAGGACAUAUGUAUAUGUGUAUGUAUAUUAAUAAUAGGCAUAUUAUGUUGUCAAUCAUGAAUUUUAUUUUUGUUUUGUUUGAUCAUCAUUCUAUUGGUCAAUGCUUAUGGACUUUCAAAAUAUUUCUUGCCACAAUUUGAAGAAAGUAUAGGGUACAAGGAAACACAUAUUAUGUCUUAAUUACUACUUAAAUAUGUACUUAAGAUACUGCUUGAAAUGCUUAAAAUGUAGCAAGGAUGUAUCAUUUGUUAUUUUCAUAUCUUGUUAAUGAUCGACGAAAUAAAGGAUCUUUGGAAAAUUUCCCAAUUAUGCCAAUCUAUUUAACAUGAUGAUUUAAGUUAAUUGCCUCUUGAAUAUGAUUUUCCAGCUUUUAGUUUCCUGUAUUAUCCUAUGCUUUUUUAUUCAAUAUCUUUCUUAGUUAUAGGAAUCAUGAGAUCUUAAGAUACAUCUUGUGUGAUAAAAAAAGCAAAUGAUUGUGCAAUUGAAGCAUUAAUACAUGAAAUAAAUGAAUAUAUCACGUUUUGGUGCUGUUUCAUGAGGUUGUUCAUAAGUUACUCAAGACUUCACAAUUUACACUUAACUGGUCGCCCUUAUGUUUGUGCUCAAUGAGAUACACCCAUUUUGUCUGUGGGUGUUCAUUUUCUUUAAACCUAAUUAAAAUUUUGAAAAAAUAAUGGAUUUUCCAUUCAGAUACUCGUUAAAAUGAGAAUUAUAUACAAAGAUUGGAAUUCUAAUCUACAAAGAUUGGAAUUCUAAUAUACAAAGAUUGGAAUUCUAAUCUCUAAAGAUUGUAUUUCAAUUGUCAGACAAUGACAGUUCAACUGUAGUUGAUGAGAAACCUAUUGAUUUAGAAUUUGUAUGUCACACUUUUGGACUUAACAUUGUAUUUGUUUUUAUAAUCAUUCUUAAUUUCCUAAAAUUGCUGCUCUUGUACAUUAUUCAAUAAUGUAAAUGAUUAAUUCUUCACCUUGCAUAUAUCAUGUAUCAAUACACUCUUAGUCUGGGGCCCAUGUAGGCACAAUAAAAUCAUAUUUGGUAUUUCUGUUUAUGUUUUUGCAGAAGUUAACCUGUUGUCUACAAACUUAUGUAAUUCCCAUAGGGUUUGUACAGGGGUUAUUAGGUUCUAGCAGGUUGGGGGUUAAAUGUUAAAAUGAUGCCAAGAAGCAUGAUCAUUGGGGUACAACUUUGGAGCUUAGCACAAAAUUGGACUGUCCAUAUUUUAUUGCUUUAGAGGCAUGAAUUAUCCUCAGGAAUCUAUGAUAUCAGACCAGCUGACGCUGAAAUGAAAGUCUUUAUAGAGGUUUUACUAUCCUGCUCACCAUCUAUUUUUCCAAAAUCCUGUUUUACUUUGGUGUGGGUCACACAAUUUGAAUAAACUACACUUUUCCCAAAAUAAAGACGUACAUAUCAAUCUUUGCUUAAUAUCUCAUUUUAUAUUGCCAUACCAAGUUAAGGAGUUAGCUUUUUUUUUUCAAUCACACAUUUUUUCUUUGUAUCGGCAUAUUAUUAAUUAAGAUACACUUGUAAUUACCUUGUAGUAAGUGAUAAGAUACACUUGUAAUUCUUGUAGUGAGUGAUAUAAUUAAGUUUUUAUGAUGCUGAUGUAAAUAAUUACUGAAAUUUUUAUAGAAGUAAGAGAACUACUAUAUAAGACUUGCUGUUAAAGACAGUAAUUUAAGAUGAAAUCUUAUCUGCUUGUAUUGCUAUAUUUAUGAUAUUUUGUAGAUUGUAAAUUGCUCAAUGUAUACUAGGGUGAUAUCGAGCUAUAAGGCUGGAUGGUGAGAGUGACUUUAGAUCAUGUGAUGAAAAUGAUUAGAAGAAAUUAAUUCUUGUUUCGUUUUAUUUCUUAUUUGAAUGAAUGAUGUCAUUUGUGAAUGAAAGGAUAUACAUGUAUGGUAUUUAAUAGCUGGUGUAAAAACACCUUGACGCUCAUGUAAAAAAAGAAAAAUUGUAUAUUUGCUUUUAAUUGGUGCUUAUGAUGUCAGAUUCUUGUUUAUUUAAACUGUUAGACUCUGAUUAUAGACAACUAUGUGCUGGUGAUUAAUUAGCAUGUUACUUGAUUUCAUGUGAAAGAAAAUACUUUCAAAUAUUCAUAUUCAAGACGUAUAGAAAUUUAGUUUCAGAAUUAUAACAGAAAUCAUAUCUAUUUAAUAUCUUUCUCGUCAUGAUUUAGUUCCGAGCUAUGAUUUGUAUGUAUGUGAGGGGAUAUUCUUGGAAAAGCUGUGUACAAUUAAGGGCAUGUUAAGUAUGUCUUUGUGUUUAUUGUGUAAAAGAUUGUUUAGGUUUUAUGAAUGUCAGGCAAAGAGGUGGUGCUUUUAAUUGAUAGUAAAUGUUUUAUUUGACUUGAUGAAAGUGCAGCUAGGUGUAAAUCGAAAUUCUGUAACAAUAAACAACUGAAAUCCAGCCAUUGCUAUUUUAUGGUGCUGAGGUGUUUCGGCCCAGUUUCAUACAAAAAGUUAUCAGUAAAAAAAAUGGUAGAAUUCUGUCACAAAUUGUUCUUGACUAAUCAGUGUGCACCAUUUUAGUAGGCUAGCUUAUAACUUGCCAUUGAUACAUUGGCCAGAGUAAUAUCAUAGUUCAAGCAAUCAGUCAUUAGGCCUUUCAAGAACAUUUCUACAGCUUGAUAUUUUUAUUUAGUUUGAUUAGAUCUUUCUUAAUCCAACAGUCACAUUUACUGUUGUUUUCUCUCCACUCCAUAUAUGAAGUCAACCUUGCUCAAAUAAAUCUUGCAUAAAUUUGAAAAUUGCUUGCCACAAGACCCCAUAUUUAAUGUUCCAAAAUUUCUACCAAGGUAAAUUGAAGUCACAAUAAGCCUUGCACACUGAUCUGAAUACCAUCUGGAUGGGCGGUGAAGUGUCAUGGAUUGAAGCCAUCGUCCGCCAUCUUAGGACCAUCAACACAGUGAACAAUGCUGUUUGAUUAUACACGUAGUGAAUGGGAUUGUAAUGGGAAAUUAUUAUGAUUCAUUGAACGACGGGUGAAAUCACAGUGAUUUUUUUGUGUGAUUACGAUUACUGAUAUCAAUAUACUUUGAAGUAUAUAAUCGUUAUCAUUUUAUCAUUAGAAUGUUUUAAUUGCCUGUUAUUUUCAAAUAUGUUACUCUCAUCAUAAAUUAUUACUACAGCUUGGUCUG